CCCUGUUUGAAAUCCCUCUUUGUUCUGCUGUAGUUUGAUGACUUCUCCCGGGACCUGUGUGUGCAGUCGCUGCUGGAGAUCAUGGACAUGUUCUGCGACCGCCUCAGCUGCCAUGGCAGAGCAGAGGAGUGCAUUGGUUUGUGCCGGGCACUGAUGAGUGCCCUGAACUGGCUCCUGCGCUGCGCAGCCUUCUACGCCGAGAAGGUGAAGGAGAUGCUGGAGCAGGUGGCAGCAGAGGGCCAGAUGAAGAUGUGCCUGGAGCGGCUGGAGAAAAUGCUCGGCAGCACCAAGAACCGUGCCCUGAUCCACAUUGCCCAGCUGGAGGAGACGUCCUCCUGGAACACCGUGGAGCAAUCCCUCCUCAAGCUAGAGGAAAGUCUGAAUGGCCUCAGCAACUCCACGCUGCGAAGCCAGGCUGAUGACUGCAUCUCCCUCAUCAAGAGCAUCCCCACCAUGCUAUCGGUUCGCUCUGAGCAGCUGAACAAGACUGGCUUCCCCACUGUGCAUGCUGUGGUGCUGCUGGAGGGGACCAUGAACCUCACAGGAGAGAUCCAGCCUCUGGUGGAGCAGCUGAUGAUGGUGAAGAGGAUGCAGCGCAUCCCCUCCCCACUCUUCAUGUUGGAGAUCUGGAAGGCAUGUUUUGUGGGCCUCAUCGAGUCCCCAGAGGGCACAGAGGAGCUGAAGUGGACAGCCUUUACCUUCCUGAAGAUCCCUCAGGUCCUGGUUGAACUCAAGAACUAUCCCCAUGGGGACAAGGAUUUCACAGAGGAUGUGAACUGUGCCUUCGAGUUCCUGCUGAAGCUGACCCCUCUGCUUGACAAAGCAGAUCAACGAUGCAACUGCAACUGCAUGAGUCUGCUCCUGCAGGAGUGCAGCAAACAGGGGCUGCUCUCAGAAGCCAACAUGACCAACCUGACUGAUAAACGCAAAGCAGACAGGGAAGAUGCUCCACAGUUGCAGUCAGCAGAGAAUGCCAACAUCCAGCCAAACCCCAGGCUCAUCCUGAGGGCCGAGCCGACUGUCACCAACAUCCUGAAGACUAUGGAUGCAGAUCACUCCAAAUCCCCCGAGGGCCUGCUGGGGGUCCUGGGUCACAUGCUGUCUGGGAAGAGCUUGGACCUGCUGUUGGCAGCGGCAGCAGCAACGGGCAAGCUCAAAUCCUUUGCUUGGAAGUUCAUCAAGCUGAAUGAAUUCACGAAGCACAUCAGUACAGAAAACUCCAAGUCCGCCCCAGUUCGGGCCCUUCUCUUCGACAUCUCGUUCCUCAUGCUGUGCCAUGUGGCCCAGACCUACGGCUCAGAGGUGAUCCUGUCAGAGUCGAGGCCGGCAGACGAGGUGCCUUUCUUUGAGACCUGGAUGCUGACCUGCAUGCCCGAGGAGGGCAAGAUCCUCAACCCCGACCAUCCCUGCUUCCGCCCUGACUCCACCAAGGUGGAAUCCCUCGUUGCCCUCCUCAACAACUCCUCAGAGAUGAAGCUGGUGCAGAUCAAUUGGCACGAGGUGUGUCUGAGCAUCUCGGCUGCCAUCCUGGAGAUCCUCAAUGCCUGGGAGAACAGUGUGCUCACCUUUGAGUCCAUCCAGAAAAUCACAGACAACAUCAAGGGCAAGGUGUGCAGCAUGGCGGUGUGCGCCGUGGCCUGGCUGGUGGCCCACGUCCGCAUGCUGGGCUUGGAUGAGCGUGAGAAGUCCCUGCAGAUGAUCCGGCAGUUGGCCACCCCGCUGUACGGCGACAACACGCUGCAGUUCUACAACGAGCGUGUGGUGAUCAUGAGUUCCAUCCUGGAGCACAUGUGUGCGGAUGUCCUGCAGCAGACGGCCACGCAGAUCAAGUUCCCAUCCACAGGCAUGGACACCAUCCCCUACUGGAACCUGCUCCCCCCCAAGAAGCCCAUCAAGGAGGUGCUGACGAGCGUGUUCACCAAGGUGCUGGAGAAGGGCUGGGUCGACAGCCGCUCCAUCCACAUCUUUGACACCCUGCUGCACAUGGGAGGCGUCUACUGGUUCUGCAACAACCUGGUCAAGGAGCUGCUGAAGGAGACACGGAAGGAGCACACGCUGCGAGCUGUGGAGCUGCUCUAUGCCAUCUUCUGCCUGGACAUGCAGCAGCUGACACUGACCCUGCUGGGCCACAUCCUGCCCAACCUGCUCACCGAUUCCUCCAAGUGGCACACCCUGAUGGACCCUCCAGGGAAGGCUCUGGCUAAGCUCUCUGUCUGGUGUGCCCUGAGCUCCUACUCCUCCCACAACAAGGGCCAGGCAUCCGCCAGGCAGAAGAAGAGGCACCGAGAGGACAUUGAGGACUACAUCAGCCUGUUCCCACUGGACGACACGCGGCCCUCCAAGCUCAUGCGCCUGCUCAGCUCCAAUGAGGAAGACGCCAACAUCCUCUCCAGCCCCAGUAAGUGCAGG